GACAGUGACAUCUUCUUAAGUGCUUGCAUGUCUGGCGAUGAGGAAGAAGUAGAAGAAUUGUUAGCGAAAGGCGCAGACAUAAACACUGCCACUGUUGACGGACUAACAGCUUUACAUCAGGUUCUAUCUGUUAUCGACAGUAAGCCAGAAAUGGUGCGUUUUUUAUGUGAGAAAGGUGCUGAUGUAAAUGCUCAAGAUAAUGAAGGAUGGACGCCAUUACAUGCAGCUGCCUGUUGUGGAAAUCUUGCAAUAGUUAGGUAUCUAUGUCAAAAUGGUGCCCUCCUCAAUGUAAUCAACAGCGACAAAGAACUGGCGCUGGACCUAGCCGAUGACGAAUCGUGCAGAGAAUACCUUGAACAUGAUUAUAGAAAGCAAGGGGUCAUUCCUGAGCAAUGUCGUGAUCAAGAGUUUGCCACUAUGAUGAGGGAUGUACAGCAGUGGAUACGCGAUGGAGAAUAUCGAGACCAACCUCAUCCUCGCACAGGAGCCACUGCAUUACACGUCGCUGCUGCAAAAGGCUACACUCAACUCUUAGAGUUAUUAAUAAAAGCCGGUGGUAAUAUACUGGCAAGAGAUAAGGUAAGAAUAGUUCCAAACAAAAUCCGCUUAUUUUCUAGCAGCUUGCUCUUUAUCUACAUAGUUUGA